AUGGAGGAACUCCAAGGCAAAGAAAAGAAACAAAAGGCAGAGGCAGGAGAAUAUCGCGAACGUGUUGCUGCAGAAAGAGAGGAACAUCGCAAAGAAGGCAUGUAUUGGGGCGCCAUGAAAGUAUGUGAGAAACUCGAUACCGAGGAAGAGGCAGAAAAGCAAGGCAAAGCCAUACAAAGCGAUCCGAAAGAGGUCAAUGUGCUUUGGCGAAAUCUGGCAUUGCAACGACAACAGAGAGACAAGGAUAGAGUGCUAAGAAAAGGAGCCUUGGAUUCGUUAUCGUCACGCUGGAAUGAUGAUGAAGCUGAUGCAGACGAUAAAGUGGCCAUGGGGACAGAAGUCGAAGAGUUUGAAGACGAGCAAGACACAGAACUGGAAGAGUUCAACGCACUUCCAGUGGGAGAAAGACUAGAGAAAUUGGUGGCUUACUUGAGAGUUACCUACCAUUACUGCUUUUGGUGCAAGUAUCGGUAUGCUGAUGAGAGCAUGGAGGGCUGUCCUGGCUUGACGGAGGAAGAGCAUGAUUAA